UUUUAGAGAUAAAUAAAAAAUUGAGGGGUCAAGAUUUAUUGGGAUAAUAAUAAUUUAUUUUCAUAUAUGUACCUUUUCUUCUUCUUGUUCCCCCAAACCCUUGGCUCCCUUAAUUCUUCUGAAGCUCUUCCAUUUAUUCAUUGGAUUCGAGCUGAAAUAUAUUGAGCGCAAUACUCCUUCCAAUACCAGAGAAUUUGAGACUCAGGCAAAUUGUUGGUACUACAGUUUUUUAACUCAAUCUAUUGCUUACAAAAGGAAAUAAAAUCCAUUACCAUUUGGAAGCGUUUUAUUGAUGAUUGGGAACUAGAAGAGGAUAGAGCACCCUCUCAAAGUGAGGUUUAAAGCUGGAUCCAGCCCUCUCUCAAAACCGAAGGUUUAUGCAUGGAAGAGUAGGCCUCUAUAAUCGUACACUCUAAUGAUCCAAGUAAUCAAUUGGAACAUGUCAGACUCCCAUAAGAAAUAGGAUUGGAACUACACGAAUAGUUAGCCGUCAACUAUGAGUAAUGCAUGUAUUUCUAGAUUCAGCAGCAUUCCAAAAGCAGCUGUUCCACGUAGCUACCAUAGUAUUGUCUUCUUGAGGAACUUCUCAACUUUGGCAGCACCAUGUAUCUCUCCAAGCUUUCCUCUCAGUUAUCCUCCACCUUCACUAGUUUCAAUGGCCUGCCUAACCCAAUCUGAUGCUCCACAACGUUCUGAUGAGUGGUUUGCCCUUCGCAAGGACAAAUUGACUACAAGCACCUUCAGCGCUGCUUUGGGAUUCUGGAAAGGGAAUCGACGAUAUGAGCUCUGGCAUGAGAAGGUAUUUGCUCCAGAUGUCCAAUUACUACUACCAUCUCCGAGCAGGUGUGCCAUGGAUUGGGGUGUUCUCAUGGAAGCAGUAGCCAUAGAGCGCUACAAAAGCAUCACUGGCCGCGACGUGAGCUCACUCGGGUUCGCAGUCCAUUCAGAUGAGCGAUUUGGUUGGGUUGGUGCCUCUCCGGAUGGUCUUCUUGGAAGCUUGCCUGGAGGUGGGAUCCUGGAAGUGAAAUGCCCAUACAACAAAGGAAAACCAGAAAAAGGUCUCCCGUGGUCAACGAUGCCAUUCUACUACAUGCCUCAGGUGCAAGGGCAAAUGGAAAUCAUGGACAGAGAUUGGGUUGAUGUGUAUUGUUGGACACCAAACGGGAGCACAAUAUUCCGUGUCUACAGAGAGCGGAGUUACUGGGAGUUGAUGCAUGGAAUUUUAUGGGAAUUUUGGUGGGAAAAUGUGGUUCCUGCUAGAGAAGCUCUUUUAAUGGGAAAUGAAGAGGGUGUCAAAGCCUAUAAACCAACAUCAACACACAAAAGAACAGGACUUGUCAUUUCAAGAAGCUUGAAGUUGGCAGGUGAGGCAAAGAUGCUGUGCAGGGAUAUUGCUGGUCAUGUUGAAUUUUUGCGCUAGUAUGACCAACGCUGCUUUCAACACGCAAGCCGAUGGUGUUUUUGAGGGGACACUUUAUCCCCGAACGUGGGAUUUUCAGCGCGAAUGCUGAUCAAGUGAAGCUCUCCAAUGCAGAUACAGACACUGGGUGAGAAACCAAGAAAAACCGGCGAAGCGGAUGGUUUAUUUAUUGCUGAAGUUGGGACACUUUCAACAACAUACUCCACAUUGUGCCGGAGUUUCACUUGUCAAAGUUAUUCUAGCACUGUAGAUGCUGGAGUUGUUCCUUGUUUUAAGUAGGGUAUUUUUCUCCAAGAUGUCUCAAGAAACCAUGUAACAUUAUUCGAGUAUUUCGAGGAAAUUUUCUACAUUUAUCAAGGCAUUAGAAAGUGGAUGCUUUUUGAUUAUAUUUAUCAAGUUUCAAGUCCGAUCGGCUAUGUUCUGUGGAGAGGAAUGUUGGCUAGUAAGAACUCCCACAUCCAAAAGUUGAAGCUGGCGGGAUGUGGAUGUUGCGAUGGAUGUGUGGACUUAUCAGGAGGGAUGGGGUUAGAAAUGAGAUUAUUCGGGAGAAUGUGGCAGUGGCUUCGGUGAAGUACAAGAUGAGAAAAGUAAGGUUGCGAUGGUUCGGACAGGUGAUGAGGAGGGGAACAGAUGCUCCAGUAUGAGGUGUGAGAGUAUGACUAUGGAUGAUCUUAGACGGGGCAGAUGUAGGUCGAAGAAAUAUUGGAGGGAGGUGAUUAGGCAUGACAUGGAGCAGUUACAGCUUAUGGAGGACAUGACCCGAAAGUUGUGGAGGGCGUAGAUUAGGAUAGAGGAUUAGUAGGUAGGAGUACGUCCGUAAUAGUAGAGAAGAGUGUUUUGUUUGUAUCUGUGCUGGUAGUUCCUUGUUGUCUCUUGUUCGUGGUGUUAUGGUGAUGUCUAUGAUUUCGAAUAGCUAGUUUAUAGUAUUACCUUAUGAGUGUCUUGUUUACUUUAUUAUCUAACAGUGUGAUGUCCCGUUUUGUUC